GUUAAGAACCCUUGAGAAAUUCCCCUUUUAGGAAAUGUGAUUACAGAUGGUAAUAAUCUAUAUUUGAGAUUUAUAUAUUCUAUAUAUAUGUAUGCAUAGAUAGUUCUAUAGAAGCAUAUGAAAGGUGUAAAACCUAGAUUCGAGGAUUUAGAGCUUCAUUUAUUGUCUAGUAACUUUGUUAGAUAGUAUUGACAAUCUAUGGCUUUCUUUAAUAGUAGUUUUAGAAAUAGAAACUCUAAUACGAAUACGACAGUUUCACAUGCAUUUAUUCCACCAAAUAAUCUAUCAAAUCAAGCAACAAAUAUGUUAAAUCCUUCAUCAUCACUUAUUGAAAGCAGGUUCUAUACAGCUCCUAGAAUAUAUAAUCCUUCAGGACUUGUUAGUCCACGAGAGUCGCCUCCUAUAGCUGAUAAUGAUAAUAGCAAUAAUAUGAGAAUGAGCAGAUUAAGUACUUCUAGCUCAAAUAAUACACCUACUCCAAGAGCAUUAAGAAGAAGACCACCACCUCCAGUACCUGAUAAUGUGGAGGACAAUCAUGUUUCCCAUACUCCUAUUACUAGCAGAAAUAUUGAUACUGAGAGAUUGCGGAAUAGCCCUAUUCCCGAAUCUGAUACAAUUAAUACUCCUACAAUUAACGAUAACAAUUUAAAUUCUACUGAGACAUCAGUACGAAGCAGAAGAAGACGCAGAAGAAGAAGAGUUGAUCUGGAUAAUCAAAGUAUUCCUCUGAUCCCUCCACCCACUGAUGAAUACGAUACUUGGGAGGACGAACAAUCACCACCAUAUCGGGCACACCUUCAUAAAUAUCUUGAUUUAAUUUCCUUUGAUCCAAGAUAUAAUGUUCCUGUUCUCCGAAUAAAUAAAUCUCUCAUCCGAAAUGAUAAGAACUUGAAGAAAUCAAUAAAGAAACUUUUAAAGUUUAAUAUGAUACCAAGUGAUGUUAAUCUUUGGAAAAUUAUAAGAAUUGAUGAUAAUGAAUUUGAAAUGAUCUUACCAGGAUUAUUACCAGAUUUGGCAAAUGCUCCGAAUGAUGGAUUAUAUAGGGAUAUGACAGGUAUUGAAAUGGCUGAAAGAGAUCAAGUUGCAUUGGCUAUGCAAAUGUCUUUAGAAGUAACUAAUGCUGAUCAGCAAGAACAAGAAAUUGAACCAGGAAGUGUUAGUCGUGAACAACUGGAAGAAUUCGAAGCUGAGCGAGAAGAGAUUGAAGUUGAAGAUAUACAAGUAGAAAAUUUAUCACUAGAUGUAGUUUACCCAUCUACACUUAACACAGAUCCAGAUCUGGAAUUUGAUGUAGUCAGUAUUUCAAGUGAUAUAUUUUAUGAUGCUGUUGAGAUGAAUUUCAGUACUUCUAGUGGUAGUAGUCAUAGUAGUUCCAGUAGUAUUGUUCAGAGACGUCAAUCUAUAAGGUUACUUCAUAGAAAUAUGUUAUUUGAUAAUGGAGCAUUGAUUACAGAUCAAAGAUAUAGGGGAUUUAGAUAUAAUGCUAUAAGUACAUAGAAAAUAUAUGGUUUGUACAAUAUGACAUUUAGUAAUUGUAAUUAUUAACAGAUUAAAGAUUUCGCA